CUCAGGUUACAAUUCCUGGGUGGCUGGCCGGUCGGUCUCCUGCCAGGCGGGGAAGGCGGGCCGAGGCGAGGCCACAGGGAGGGAGGCGACGAGCUCGCUCGCAACAUUUGCGCCUGGCCGGAGUCAGCAUUUCCAAGGGGUUGAAUUGUGAGAAGAGUUUCAGGCUGGCGGAGGGUUGUUUUCCCCCUUUUUUCUUCCAGCGUUCUUGAAAACCCAUGAGAGGAAAAGAAAGCGAGAGGCCUGCCCUGCCCAGCCAUGACUAGGAGAUCGCGCUGGAGACAUUUCCGCGGGCGCCAGGGGAAGGGGGACCCGCGUUAAAGUGUGUGCUCUUGGACUCAGGAAACAGACAUUUGAAAAGAUGACCCACUGCUACUACAACGAGACGGUCGAGUUCUUCUACAACAAAAGUGGGAAGGAGCUGUUCCAUUACUGGAGGCCCAGAGAUAUCUUGGUGGUAGUGCUUGGCUUAACUGUCAGCAUCAUUGUGCUUCUCACCAAUUUGUUGGUCAUUACUGCCAUUGUUAUCAACAAGCGCUUCCACUACCCUAUCUACUACUUGCUAGGGAAUCUGGCCGCCGCUGACCUCUUUGCUGGCAUUGCUUAUAUGUUCCUGAUGUUUCACACUGGGCCUAGGACAGCUCAGCUCUCCCUCAAGACCUGGUUUGUCAGGCAGAGCCUCUUGGACACCAGCCUCACGGCUUCGGUGGUCAAUCUCUUGGCCAUCGCGGUGGAGCGGCAUCAGACUAUUUUCACCAUGCAGCUCCAUAGCACUAUGUCCAAUCAACGAGUGAUGAUUCUCAUCUGCUGCAUCUGGAUCACAGCUCUGCUGCUGGGCCUUAUCCCUUCAUAUGGCUGGCACUGUCUAUGCGAUCUAGAUAAUUGUUCCACGAUGGCACCCCUCUACAGCCGCAGCUAUUUGACAUUCUGGGCCCUCUCCAAUCUCUUCAUUUUCCUUGUCAUGGUGGUUGUCUACACUCACAUCUUCGUCUAUGUUAAGAGGAAGGUGGCAUGGAUGUCCAAGCACACUAGCUUCCACCCACGCUACAAGGAGACAAUGAUUAACCUCAUCAAGACGGUCAUCAUUAUCCUUAGUGCCUUUGUGAUCUGCUGGACCCCUGGGCAGGUAGUGCUUCUGCUGGACGGCCUGGGCUGUAAAAAGUGCAACGUGUUGGCCGUGGAGAAAUACUUCCUCUUGCUGGCUGAAAUCAAUUCAGUCAUCAAUGCCAUCAUCUACUCCUACCGAGACAAUGAGAUGCGAAGCACCUUCCGGAAGAUCCUGUGCUUUCCCUUCUACGGGUCACCAAAGUACUCACCUGCUUCGGUCAAGCCCAGUCACGUGGAGCACAGGAUAUUACCCCAGAAUGGGCAUCCGACCAUGGAUUCCACACUCUAAACCAAUUCUUCUGCUGUCGUCUCCUUGAUACUGGUUUGCCGAAGCCAUUCUCAGUGGGCAGUGGGAGACCUGUGAGACUCCCUCUUCUGCAGAAGCCACCCUCUGAGGAUAACUAUGUCAACAAGGCAAGCAGCUGCGUCCCAAGAGGGACAAACUUGUUCCUGUGGAUUGGUCAGUGACUGCAGAUGGCAGUCUGGAGCUUUUAGAACCAGUUUAAAACUGUCUUGCACCAUAGAUUUUUUAAAAGCACAUGUCUUUUCCCACUCACCGCCCUCCACAAGUUAUGGAGCAACUGCAGCCCGAUCUGCAGGCAGACUAUAGGGGGUCUCUUGGGACAAAUUUUAUUGGCCUAGCCACAUUAAACAGACUGGCUUGGACAAACUUUGAGAAAAAGUAUGGGAACACAAACACUAGAGGAUACACAUCUCCCUGCGUUCGAACAUGUACUUUUGGCAGCUGUGUUGAUUCAGUUGAAUGGUGGCAUCUCUUGACGGGCCAAAGUAAUGUAAAUGUUUCUGUGCUGAGUAAAAUACUGUUCUUGUGGCCCUUUCAGUAUUACUGCCUUUUUUGGCAUGGCCAUUCUAGAGCUAAGAGGGAGGCACAACCUGUUUAUCAGUUCCCUGAUAAUCUGUUAUGGCCAUCUUUGGUUUGGCAGCUCAACCCCUCAGGAAGAUUCCAUGUCAGGGUGGCAAAGUUGACAACUGUCCUGCUUCUUAAAGUUGAUGGCAAAUGUUGGGUUGGCAAAUGAUCCAUAUGAUCCAGGAUUGGGUGUUGCAGCAGGACUGUACCGGAAGUAAACAUUAAAGAAGAACUUAUUCUGUUGCUCUCCUCCUCCAGAUUUUCAGAGGUUUGAGGGAUGCCUGCUAACAGGCGUCCAUGAAUGGUCUGUCCUCUUUCAUCUAAAGAUUAGUCUGUCUUACUUUCUCACCUGCUUUGCAUUGCAUUAUUGAAAAAAGGGUGUGGUGCUCACAUAUAUGUUUAGCUUUGUUGUACAGUGGCUGUUACCUGCUUUGUAUUUGGGCAGCCCUAGUGAAGGAAGGUGGAGUAAAGGCAUUGCAGGAUAAAUGUGUCUGCUGCAUUUGAAGUUGGUCACUUGAGGAAUAGUGAAUCUGAGAUCCACAGAAGCUGCCCACCUACUUACUAAUCUUCUGUUCCAGAAGUGGUUUUGCUAUCAUUUUUUAUCCUGUUCAGAGGUUACUAAACUGUCGCUGCAAUCAGACGUUGCAGACAAAUCACAAACUACAGUUUGUCUGUGAAACAAAUGAGUUCCUAAGUCUUCGCCUUGUGCGUUUCUCCUUUUAUCAUCCCAUUUGCUACUGUACCAAGCUUGACAAUUUGCUGUUUUAAGACGUUUUCAGUCUCAACUGCAGUUUGUUGUGAUUAGCAUCAGCAUAUCUACUAACAAAAUGGGUCUUGUUUCUUUUCCACAGGUUGCGAUUCUAAAUUAGAUUCUAUUAGAUUCCCUCCAUUUGUAGGCAUGAAACAAACCCUGGCUUGUUAAUGCACUGUAGUUAUGCAUUAAUAGUACCCUAGUAACCCAGACUAGAGGCCUGAAUAGCUGAGCAGGACCAGCCAUGAUUAGCUGUUGGAUUUGUGGUUGAGAUAAGCUAGGGUCUAAUAAAUAUGAUGGGGAGGGGGGAGACUAUUCAGUUUGCUUCCUGUUUACAGUGGUUGGUGUUGCCAUAAUGGGGGUAAUGACCAAGAGUUCCCAGCAUCCUUUGCUACAGCUCCUCUUUCUUUCACAGUUAUCUGCUGGACAAAGCAGAUUAAACAUGCAGAUUAAACUUUCCCUGUCACUGGACAUCUCCUAUUAGAAGAGCCCUGGACCUGCUGAAUUUCUGCCAGUAAUGUUGGAGUUAAAGGAACAGGUGAUCUGUGGCUCAGAACCUGGCAAGCUAUGGGGGCUGCUUGCUUUGCUGUCUCAAUGGUCCCUGAUUCUGGUCUUUGCAGGUGCUCCAAUUAACUCUAGGAUACAGCCAUACACCCACUACUGAAAUACUAUGCUUAACCUGAACUAUUGCCAAGUUGUAGUUUGGCCUUAUGGUUCUGUACUAGAUGGUCUGUCCCACCAGACACUGCAGGAUGGUUUUCACUCCAGUUGCUGUAGCUGCUCCUUUGUCUUAAGUCCAAGAUAUGGUAGAAUCUUUUCCUAUUUGUUAAGGUGAUUCAGAUACUCAGGAUUGGGUCUCAGCAUCCAGUUCAUUUGGACCACUUGUUAAGCUCUGCAUUAUCUCUUCUUUGUCUUGAUGUUGCUCCUUUCUGUACAGUCCUGUUGCCUCUUCCUUUGACGCUUCUCCUGCCCUUUCUCUAUUCUUCCCUUGGUGCUGUAGUGUCUUUUUCUGGCUAUUACCAUGCCAGUAAUUCUAUAAGUGUCCAUCUGACUCCAUUGUUUUAAAAGUAUUUAAUGAAUAAAUACUUAUUUUGAUUAUAAA